GAGAAUUGGGGUCGCGUUCCGCCGACAACCUUUCAGAAAGCUUGGUCGUUACCCGCACAGUCUCCGAUUCAGAACAUGCGGAGCUUCAGGCCAAAGAGACUUGCCUAGAACCUAUUCCUAUUUCCUCUUGAAAGAGAAAGAAGCGACGAAUUGCAGUUCGGAGAGCAGGAGUCAAGAACAUCGGAAGGAACGCAAACUCGUCUUCAACAUGGCGACGCUGCAGGCUGAGCCGCCGCAGACCGACGAGAACUCGGCAUUGUUCAAGAUCAUACACUGGUACAAGCUAUUUGAUUCGGAUACACCUCCUCGACUUGGAAUUGAAAUCAAAGACCGUUUACCUUAUACGACCGCCUCUGCCUUCGGCGUGGGAAUGGCAAUUGGUGCUUCCCACGGCAGUAAAAAGGCCGCUUUCCAGUUUCGAGCCGAGAACGCGCAUCGGUUCCCUACGACGUCGACAGGAUGGUUCCUGUAUCACAAGAGCAAGAACUACAAGUCCAUAGUUGGUGGUGUUAAGGAUGGUAUGAAAUUGGGAUUCAAGCUCGGCGCGGGAGCUAUGGCGUUCUGUCUAUUCGAAGAGACAGUGGAUUAUGCACGUCAUGAUCGCAGGGACUUCCUGUCGACCGUUACGGCCGGAUUGUCUUUCUCUGGGAUUUACAGUUUAUUAGCUCGUCACGACGUUUACACCGCCGCACGUACGACGAAACUCGGUUUGAAAUUGAGUCUUGCGUACGGUCUGAUGCAAGAUAUGCUUGAAUCCAUGAAAGGAAACCGCCCGGCAUAUGUUAAUUUCAUACUCGGCAAAAAGCAGUCUCGGCCCGAAAGCGACACCGUUCUAUGAGGCCAUACUGCCAGCACAGUUAGUGCGGCGCACUUGACACCCAGAGCCAUGUUCUGGUAAACGUACAUUGGCUUACGUCUACUUCUC